AUACGUUACACGUUUACAAGUGGUUCACCUGUUUAUAAUAUUUGCCCCAUUUCUUCAGCAACGCGCUCAAUUCUUUUAUCGUUAAAAAUAUAUAUAAUGGCUGGGAAAUGUAGAAAAUGUGUCGGUUUGUUUCGACAGAAUUUGUUAGUUAUACUUACUCUUGUCGGCGUCGGAAUUGGAUUUGUGAUUGGAUUUGCAAUACAACAGGCGUCGGCAAGUGGGAUAAUGUGGAUAGGAAUGGCUGGGGAAUUGUACAUUCGAAUGUUGAAGAUGAUGAUUGUGCCGCUUGUGAUAUGCAGUGUCAUUUCUGGGACGGCUAAGAUGGAUCCGAGGUCUAACGGCAAAGUGAGUGGAAUAUCGUUGGCGUACAUCAUGAUAACUAACCUUUUACCUGUCAUUUUAGCAACGGUUCUUUCUCUCAUUAUCAGACCAGGUGAUGGUGUUAAGGCAGGGAUAGAUUUGUCAAAAUUCGAAACUGAUAUCAUGGAAACAGAAGACAUAUUUGCUGAUCUUCUCAGGAAUAUAGUGCCGGACAAUUUGAUAGCAUCAUGUUUCCAGCAGACACAAACGAAGUAUAAGUUUGAAGACAAGACAAUCGUAGUCAACAAUGGAACGCAUAAUGUAACAACAACAGUCAAAGAACUGUCCAAGAAGUAUUUGGGGGCAGCAGGUUCAACGAAUAUUCUUGGCUUGAUCAUAGUCAGUGCUAUAUUUGGGGUUGCCGCGGCAGCAAUGCAGGAACACGGAGAGGCGUUUCUUUCCUUCUUCCGGUCAGCAACAGACAUCAUCAUCAAAAUACUUCGAGUGCUCAUCUGGGCCACACCAGUCGGCGUUGCGAGCCUCAUUGCUAAGGUAAUCAUCAGUACACCAGAUGUAGAGGAGACAUUUAGGAAGCUAGGACUGUACUUUGUGACAGUGAUGGUUGGCCUGGUGAUCUGGGGUUUUAUGAUUGUUCCAGCAAUAUUCUUCGCCGCGCGACGGACCAAUCCAUUUCGCUUCAUCGCAACGAUAAUGCCUUCAAUUAUGAUUGUAUUUGCAACAGGAAGCACUGUUAUAGCGCUUCCAGAGAGUUUUCACAGCCUUGAGAGCAAGAAUCAUGUUGACAGCCGGAUCUCCCGUUUUGUGGCCCCACUGGCAGCUACUAUAGGACGUGCCGGUAGCGCCCUCUACAUCUCAUCCUCGUGCAUCUUCAUCAUUCAAAUGCUUGGACGAGACGCCAAUGCAGCUGACAUUAUUUCAAUCAUAUUGCUGACAUGGAUUUCAGCUCUAGCAAUUCCCUCAGUGACAGGUGCGAGUCUUGUAACUGUGCUCAUACUUCUUACAGCACUGAACAUACCGGGAGAGGCCGCCGCUAUGCUCUUCGCUCUAGAGUUCUUCCUGGACCGAUCUCGCAGUGUUGUUAAUCUGAACACUCAGCUAACAGGAGCCAUAGUAACAGAUACAUUUUUCGGGGAUCUUUCAUCACUUUCACCAGAGGUUUUAGAACCGGCAGAACAGAAUCAUCUUAUGAAGGAAACUGCGAACAAAGACACUACAAACAUAUAAUUACUUCUUUGUAACCAGCGAAAAGCUACAGACAUUUAAUAAUGUAUCUGCCACGGAGAACAUUCUUUCUUUGAAUAUACUACCAUUUUUAUCUAUAUGAACAUUAUGAAUACACUGGAAAACUAAA